AUGAAUGAAGCAAGGCUUGCUAGUGUUCCCUUAGGUGGACAUUACAAAUUACCCAUAGAUCACUAUCCAAGCACUGAAAAGGAAAAAGAAGAUAUGAAUAAUGUACCUUAUUCAAGUGUUAUAAGGUCUAUUAUGUAUUUAAUGAUUAGCACAAGACCAGAUUUAGCACAUGCUAUAAGUGUGCUCAGUAGGUUUAUGUCAAAUCCUGGAAGAAGCCAUUGGGAUGCUGUGAAGUGGCUCAUGAGAUACUUAAAGAAUACUAUGUAUGAAGGAUUGUUGUUUAAAAGUAGUCAAAAUGAAGUUGAGCUGCUUGGUUAUACAGAUGCAGACUAUGCUGGGGAUCGAGAUAAGAGAAAAUCAAUUUCUGCUUAUGCAUUUACUGUUUGUGGCAACUGUUUAAGUUGGAAGUUGCAUUUACAAGCAGUGGUGGCUUUAUCAACUACUGAAGCUAAAUAA